AAAAGAGCUAGCUGUCAAACCUGUUUCAAAGUUAACUCAAGAAGAACACAUCAUAUAUCACGUCCAAGGACCAAGUGCACCGUUGCGAGAUGUGGAUCUCCUCUCAGCGUAAAGUAUGACUUGGACAUGGAUCUUAUGGCCGUGCUGUGAUUGAAAGCGAUAUUCAUCAUAACUGAUUUGGAAUGUCAGAUGAUGGAGAUCUCAUCUUUUAAGUGUAGUGUCUGCAGUUUAUGCUGAGGGAAGCACUUUGCACAAGAAUACCGACAGGGGAAGCAUGAACGAGUAGUGAAAAAAAUGAUGAGAUUAAAUAUUGAUGAAUCACUUCACCCAAACAUUAAAAAAUGCAGCUCUUUAGCUGCACAGCUGAGCAUGAAAUCUAUAAUAUUGGAGGUGUAUUGACAUUUGCAGUUACAACGUUGCAUUGAGUCUGCAUGAACGCACCAGCAUAUGCCCUAUGUGGCAUUUGUGUCAGUUAAUGUAAACAUUUCCUGAUUGUUUUAAGCUUUAAGAUAACAAUCCAGAUAACGCUAUCGCUUUUCAGGAGAUCGCUCUAUAAUCUAUAUUGUCCGGCAGAAGAACAUUGUGGCUUUCUGCGUUGACAUGUGACCUACAAGGAGGGGUGGUGAUAUUUCUUGAUAACAUUGGUUUAAUAGAAGUCACUGUAGUAGCUAGCAGCUAGAAAUAGACUAGCUGCAUUGUCAAACAGUACGGCACCAAUUAGUAGCUGCAACAUGGUUCUGAAGUGUCUCUGUCUAGGGGCGAUGUCGUCGUCAAACGUCCAAUCCUUGAGUUGCUGCCACAGCUGUGUGUCCGCAGGGGGAGGGGUGUCUGCGGCGGCCACCACUUCUACAACCUCUGGACAUAUAUGCCACUUCGGGGGCUUGCAUGCCUGCUGCUCAAGGCUGCAGCCAUGCUGUUCUAAGGAGCUGGUCGUGAGUGCAGGGACGUCGGGUCAAGGGUCUUGUCUGUCGUCUGCGGUGGGGAAGCUCCCCUGUGUCAAGGUGUGUCCUAGGUUGACGGCUUACUCCGCUAUCUCACUGAUAGGCCUCUCAACGUUUCUUCUUUUCCAGCAAGAGGUGGAGCUAAUUUUAUCAUGGCUUCUUGACUCCGGUGAUGCUGAGAGUUUCCUCUUCUUCCUCGUCCUCUUCAUCUUCCUCUCUUUCCCCAUGACAUGGGGCUACAUCCUGGUCAACGUCAUCGCGGGUUACCGCUUCGGCCCCGCCUUUGGAACAUUUGUUGUCAUAGUGACGGUAGCCAUUGGAUCCUCGUGUGCGUUGCUUGUGUGUAGGACGUUGCUCAGCUCCCUGAUCAGACGGAACCUGAUGAAUGAGAAGCUGGAGAUGAUUGUUAGGGUGGUGGAAGGGGAUCAUGGAUUUCAGGUCAUCGCUCUGACUAGGCUGACCCCUAUACCUUUCGGGAUACAGAAUGGAGUCUUUGCACUGUCCAAUGUGCGUGUAUCGACGUUUAUGUUGGCAUCGUUCCUCGGCCUUCUUCCUACUCAGUUCCUCAAUUCCUACAUGGGAUCAUCCCUACGCUCCGUCCAAGACAUCAAGAACCAACAAUCAUCUUCCUUGCUGCUGAUGGCUCAGGUACUUUUCAGUUUUGCUCUGUCAGUUUACGUGUUGAGAAUGGCACAGAGAGAGCUCCACAGAAAGCUAGACAACCAUCAUAAAACCAUGUCAAAUACACUGCCCUUUAAAGCACAUGGAUCAUCUCAGGAACAGGUCAAAGGUCAACCUUCGGAAAAUGGACCAAAGUUGACAAGCGACGCCGGCCAUACUGAUCCCAUCAUGUAUUCACAUAACUCUCAUUGCAAUGACUCUCAAGCAAUCUUUAUGGUAUAACACAGAAUUCCAAAACUGCCAUUGUCUGCAAUGUAUUUAGUUUAUUUCUACUAAUGCGUCAUAUGUACUCGGAUUCUAUAUUUUACAAAGAUUUGGGGAAUAGUAUUUUUGUAUAAGUAAUAUUUCAAAUUUUGUACUUAAUCCCUUACAGCAUUUAGUGUGUGUGUGAGAGUUUAUCAUGUCAUCUUGAACUCAUAGUAUUAUAUUCAGACAACUUUCACAUCACCAUUUUGGAAAGUGCAAAAAGCUCAAGGCUCGAUCCUUCAAAUAGUGUACUUAAUCCCAUACAACAUUUAGUGUACGGUAUGUUAGAGUUUAUCAUGUCAUAUUUAACUCAGGUAGUAUUAUAUUUAAACUACUUUCACGUCACCAUUUUAAAAAGUGGCAAACGCUCAAGGCUCCUUAUUAUAUGAGUGCUUUAGGUGGACUCUUAAAGCUGAACAGAGUUUAGAUUUCUUUACUGACUUAUGGAGCGCCAAGUCAAGCGUUAUGCUUUUCAUCAUAAUUAUGCAACAUAAUGAGAAAAUUAAAUU